AUGCGCCUUCAGAAACUCUUAUCAUCAAUAUUUAACUUGAUACUGAUACAUGCUGUUCUUGUUCUUCCUGCGCUAGGGUUAGAAGUUCAGGCUUCCAUCCGUGGGAGGGCCGCCGUCCCAGACCCGAUCGUUGUACCACCAAGUCAAAUAUGGGAUGGAAUUGACGGACAGUGGUCCUCCUUUGGUUUAAGAGUAGGAAACCCUCCUCAGAAUGUUAGAGUCCUCGUCUCUACAAACUCCCAAAACACUUUCGUUGUUCAUCCACUUGGUUGCUCGAAAGAAGCUAUAAAUCCAGUUCCACUUCAAUGCGCAAAAGAUCGGGGUCUUCUCUUCAAUCCUAAUAGCUCCACGACAUGGAGCGAUCAAGGAAAUUUUGGUCUCAGUAGCGAUGGGAUAGGGCUAGAAGCAAAUCUUGGUUAUUCUCUGCCCGCUUCAUACGGUCUAGAGACUUUAGGACUAGGCCACGUCUCGGGAGAUACCAAUGGACCAGUACUCGUAAAUCAAACCGUCGCUGCUUUCGCGUCUGCUUCUCCGUUUUAUAUGGGUAUCUUUGGCCUAGGUACACAACCUCUCAACUACUCGUCACUUGGAAACUUCUCAGCGCCCUCGUAUUUUGUAUCUCUAAGAGACCAGAAUCUUAUUCCUAGCUUGAGCUGGAGUUACACUGCUGGCGCUAGAUAUCAGCUCAAAAUUGGUCAAACAGCACAAUUAAUAUUUGGUGGGUACGAUGCUUCAAGGUUCGUAGCCAACACUGUGAACUUCACUCUCGCCAAUGAUGUUUCUCGCGACAUCGUAGUAGCUAUCCAAUCGAUUUCAUACACAGGAACCACUCAAGAAGUUCUGCUACCGCAGCCAAUAUACUCUUUCAUCGAGUCUACGGAUCCAAAUUUCUGGCUUCCAGCGGAAGCUGUGGCAGCGUUUGAAAGAGCUUUCGGGAUUUCGGUUGAUAACGCGACGGGUCUUUAUUUGAUCAGCACUUCACAAUAUGCGACUUUGAAUGCGAUAAAUCCCUCGGUGACAUUUACGUUAGCGAAUUCCCUUUCCGGAGGCUCGACGGUUGAUAUUGUGUUGCCAUUCAAAGCAUUCAUUCUACAAGCUGCUCCUCCAUUUACACCAAACACAACAUCUUACUUUCCGUUGAAGCUAGCAGCGAAUAGUACUCAAUACACGUUAGGGAGAACAUUCUUGCAAGAAGCAUAUUUGACCGUCAACUACGAUACGAAAAGUUUCUCUGUAAGCCAAUGCACGUGGAAUGAUGGCGCUGUACCUCAGAUAGUAUCACUUGGAUCGAAAUCAUCGCUCGGAAGUGGAAACGGUGGGAAUGCAACGACUGGAACACCAGGAGAGGGAUCAAAGAAGUCCACUGGUCUCGAUACCGGAUCAAAAGCUGGAAUUGCCAUUGGAGUCAUUGCAGGGGUUGCAGGUAUAGGAGCCAUCGUCUUCUUCCUGCUUCGUCGUAAAAAGCAAAAACAACCAAUCACUCCGACUGGUACAACACCUAGAGCGACUACUAUAUCACCAGAUCACACAUCAACAACUAAUGUCGUAAUUAAAAACGAACCCGAUACCGACAUGUGGAGCCUCUCCAACAAACAAGACCAAGUAACUCCGAUACAUCCACUUCAUCACGCCAGAUCGGAAUUAUCUGCAAUAAGUGAUACAGCUCGGGAGCUUCCCGCAGAGGACAAUCGGGAAGGAGAUUAUUCCACAGAAGAGCGACGGAUGCGUUCAUUGAGAAAGGCACAUCGGACUCCUGAGCUCGAUAGUGCAGACUUUUACGAGCUAGACGGUGGCCCUGUCUCGAGUCUGUUAUCACGCGUAAGAGAAGAAAGAUAUGCAAGCACCACAAACAGCUCACCUAUAGAACGUUCUCCUUCUACAACGCAGUACUCAGAACUGGGCGUGAGCCCAAUAGAUUCUUUCGGGUUUCCACGACCGCAUCAUACGCCUGAGCAACAAAACUCGUGGUUAGAUAUGUCUCCGCAUAACACUCCCAAUGUGCGCGUCGUUUCUCAAACUGAGAAUAACCCGGCUCUUGCGGGUCUCGUAAGUCCUAUGUCACCUCACAGACAAGGAAGCAACACUCAAGUAGGGAAUUCUGCUGCUUCCCGAGGCCCUCAAAUCAACAGGACGGGGUCAUCUCGAGUCAGUGGACCUCUAUCGUCGAAUUUAUCUGAAACAUCAGCUAGAUCUACUCGCUCUGCCCGCUCUGGGUGGACGGACAGUGAUCUAUACUCGGUGAGAUGA